AUGUCCGUAAGUCGUGGACCCUUCGCGCCACAGCACUUAUCGAAAGACUACUUCUUUCAAGGCGACACGACCCCAGUCACACCAAUGACCUGCAGCGUCGGAGGAAGCUGUGGAGGACAGUUUUAUUGUGUAACUAGUGCGUCUCAGGAGAUGUCUACAGCACCGUUAAGUGUGGCCGUGACUUCUGCUCCACACAUUGUCGACCCCGGAAGCGGAGUUGGUGCUCCUCCACCCAAGUACGCCAUCAGUUCCUCCCACACCGUCUAUGCGCAUCAAACCAGUGAAUCGGAUAUGAAUAUUUCUCAGUUGGAACCCUUCGCCUUAAACAAAACGUAUUACAAGAACUAUGUGGACGAUUAUUACCCCUCAUCUGCUCCUCCCGAUGCGUCCCAUUUCGUUAACAGGCCAAACGUAUCACCGCAUGACUUCAGCUGCUACUGCUCCCAGCCAACGACUGGACCGCCUUCCAGUGACUUGAGCGCCCCGGAGCCUCCCCCCGCACAAUCUUCCGCCCAAAUCAGCUUUCCUGAGCGCGCUCCGAUGAGUUGCUGCGUUCGCUCAACUUCAAGCCGUUUCGGCUUUGGGGGACGCUCGCUCAGCACCGGCCAACCUCCCCAAAUGCUCUACGAGGAGAGUUGGAAUGCUCCCAGCAGCGAAUUCUACGAACAGAGGCACUCCGACAUCCCACCAGCCCCUCACAACUGUUGUGCUCCUCUUCCAUUCAACACGCGACCCGACAUAACUUCUUUGGUGGUUGAAGAAAAUGCAGAAAAUAUUUAUUCGAUGGCUCCGAUGUCACAACACCCUCACCAGCGGCAGCAACCACCGCAAGAAGCUCACCAAAACAAUUUUUUUGAUGGUCAACACUCUGCCUCAGGGUGUGCAUGUGGCCCUCGAUUUUAUGACCUAAGCCGACGGAAGGCGCAUUCCAACUAUGGUGGGGGAACGACUUCUUACUCGACGGAGGCGGUAUAUCCGGCCGAUCCCACUCCAUGUUCUGAGAGUGAUGCAAGGGGACUUUUUAUGAAGGCCUUCAUGGAAGAUGAUGACGAUAUAAGUCAGCAGCUCCACUCAACGAACCUUGGUCCUUCUCCAGCUAAGCAAACUCAGAAUAAUUUUCAUCGACAGAGCGAUGUUAUGCAAUGCGCGCACAGCUACACUAGCCGGGGCAUCAUUGGCCCACUACGUUCGGCACAGAUUCGUAAAUUGUCACUUCGUCGAACUCCAACGCAUCAUUUGGGUGGUUUUAACGAGCCAUUCCUGUAUCCAUUUUCGGGAGAACAAACCGGGGAGCAAGUUGUCAAUGAAGAGCCCCCGGUGUUUCCUAUUACGGCCUCAGACGAUGUGCUAGCUGCAUGCACGGAGGAUUUUUCAAGCGCCUUCUCAGAGAACUUUAGUUUGGAUGACCUUAAAUUGCCACAUUUGCCUUCAUUGCAGCCAGAAUGCCCCACUCCAUUGACCUCGUACCGAGCAAAGAGUGGUUCGGCCGAGCGACCUCGGCGCGGUGGAAAAAGAGCCUCCCUACCCUGGUCCUCGCCUGAAUCUGCCUCCUCUCCAACCCUCUCCGGUUCCCGGGCCACGAACUCUCAACGCACCACGGAGGCAGCACCGACGCCUAACUCUACGAACCCUACGGCUACAGUCCGUCAAUCUCCGAAUCACUACCCCCAAGUGAACAUCCACGCUUGUCCCUACCCUGGAUGCCUUAAACGGUACUCAAAGAGCUCCCAUCUCAAGGCACAUGUUCGAACGCACACAGGCGAGAAGCCCUACGUAUGCAAAUUUCCCGAUUGCACAUGGAAGUUUGCUCGCUCUGACGAGUUGACGCGUCACAAACGGAAGCAUACUGGAGAGAAGCCAUUCGGGUGUGAGACGUGCAAUCGUCGCUUCACUCGCAGUGACCAUCUCCAGUUGCACAAGAGGACUCACGACAGCUCCCACGGCCACGCUGCUUCAUCUUCCCCACCAGCUCCAACUAUCCCCCCAACCUCAUCGUCCUCCUCGCCGCCCUGUUAG